AUGCCGCCGGGGAAGGAUCUGAGCAUGAACAACCUCACAGAGCUGCAACCUGGCCUCUUUCACCACCUGCGUUUCCUGGAAGAGCUGCGCCUCUCUGGGAACCAUCUCUCACACAUCCCUGGACAGGCAUUCUCCGGGCUCUACAGCCUGAAAGUCUUAAUGCUGCAGAACAACCAGCUGGGCGGGAUCCCCGCAGAGGCGCUGUGGGAGCUGCGCAGCCUGCAGUCUCUGCGCCUAGAUGCCAACCUCAUCUCCCUGGUUCCAGAGAGGAGCUUUGAGGGGCUGUCCUCCCUGCGCCACCUGUGGCUGGAUGACAAUGCACUCACCGAGAUCCCCAUCAGGGCCCUCAACAACCUCCCUGCCCUGCAGGCCAUGACCCUGGCCCUCAACCACAUCAGCCACAUCCCGGACUACGCCUUCCAGAAUCUCACCAGCCUUGUGGUGCUGCAUCUUCAUAACAACCACAUCCAGCACCUGGGGACGCACAGCUUCGAAGGGCUGCACAACCUGGAGACGCUGGACCUGAACUAUAACGAGCUGCAGGACUUCCCCGUAGCCAUCCGCACCCUGGGCAGGCUGCAGGAACUGGGUUUCCACAACAACAACAUUAAGGCUAUCCCAGAAAAGGCCUUCAUGGGGAACCCUCUGCUGCAGACCAUCCACUUUUAUGACAACCCAAUCCAGUUUGUGGGAAGGUCGGCGUUCCAAUACCUGCCUAAGCUACACACGCUAUCCCUGAACGGAGCUACGGAUCUCCAGGAGUUCCCAGAUCUCAAAGGCACCACCAGCCUGGAGAUCCUGACCCUGACCCGUGCAGGCAUCCGGCUGCUCCCACCAGGGAUGUGCCAACAGCUGCCCAGGCUCCGAGUCCUGGAGCUGUCUCAUAAUCAAAUUGAGGAGCUGCCCAGCCUGCAUCGGUGUCAGAGGUUGGAGGAAAUUGGCCUCCAACACAACCGCAUCUGGGAGAUCAGAGCCGACACCUUCAGCCAGCUGAGCUCACUGCGUGCCCUGGACCUGAGCUGGAAUGCCAUUCGGUCCAUCCACCCUGAGGCCUUCGCCACUCUGCCCUCCCUGGUCAAGCUGGACCUGACAGACAACCAGCUGACCAGCUUGCCCCUGGCCGGACUUGGGGGCCUGAUGCACCUGAAGCUCAAAGGGAACCUGGCCCUCUCUCAACCCUUCUCCAAGGACAGUUUCCACAAACUGAGGGUCCUGGAGGUGCCCUAUGCCUACCAGUGCUGUGCCUACGGGGUCUGCACCAACUUCUUCAAGGCCUCUGGGCAGUGGGAGGCCAAGGACUUUCACCUGGAAGAGGAGGAGGCACCAAAGAGACCCUUGGGCCUCCUUGCUGGACAAGCAGAGAACCACUAUGACCUGGACCUCGAUGAGCUCCAGCUAGAGAUGGAGGACUCCAAGCUGCAUCCCAGUGUCCAGUGCAGUCCUAUUCCGGGCCCCUUCAAGCCCUGUGAGCACCUCUUUGAGAGCUGGGCUCUCCGCCUGGCCGUGUGGGCCAUCGUACUGCUCUCCAUCCUCUGCAACGGGCUGGUGCUGCUGACGGUGUUUGCCGGGGGGCCAGGCCCCCUGCCCCCCGUCAAGUUUGUGGUAGGUGCGAUUGCAGGUGCCAACACCUUGACGGGCAUUUCCUGUGGCCUCCUGGCCUCCGUCGAUGCCCUGACCUUUGGCCAGUUCGCCGAGUUCGGAGCCCGCUGGGAGACGGGGCUGGGCUGCCGGGCCACGGGCUUCCUGGCGGUGCUUGGGUCCGAGGCGUCGGUGCUGCUGCUGACGCUGGCCGCCGUGCAGUGCAGCGUGUCCGUCUCCUGCGUCCGGGCCUAUGGGAAGGCCCCGUCCCUGGGCAGCGUCCGCGCAGGGGCCCUGGGCUGCCUGACGCUGGCGGGGCUGGCGGCAGCCCUGCCCCUCGCCUCCGUGGGCGAAUACCGGGCCUCCCCGCUCUGCCUGCCCUACGCCCCGCCCGAGGGCCAGCCGGCGGCCCUGGGCUUCGCCGUGGCCUUGGUGAUGAUGAACUGCUUCUGCUUCCUGGUGGUGGCCGGCGCCUACAUCAAGCUCUACUGCGACCUGCCCCGGGGAGACUUCGAGGCCGUGUGGGACUGCGCCAUGGUCAGGCACGUCGCCUGGCUCAUCUUUGCCGACGGGCUCCUCUACUGCCCCGUGGCCUUCCUGAGCUUCGCCUCCAUGCUGGGCCUCUUCCCCGUCACCCCGGAGGCCGUCAAGUCCGUCCUGCUGGUGGUGCUGCCCCUGCCCGCCUGCCUCAACCCGCUGCUCUACCUGCUUUUCAACCCCCACUGCCGCGAGGACCUGCGGAGGCUGCGGCCCCGCGCGCGCACCCCGGGGCCCCUGGCCUACGCGGCGGCCAGCAGCGAGCUGGAGAAGAGCUCCUGCGAUUCCACCCAGGCCCUGGUGGCCUUCUCGGAUGUGGAUCUCAUUCUGGAAGCUUCUGAGGCUGGGCGGCCCCCUGGGCUGGAGACCUAUGGCUUCCCCGCCGUGACCCUCCUCUCCUGCCAGCAGCCCACAGGCUCCAGGCUGGAGGGAAGCCGUUUUGCGGGGGCAGAGGGCACCCCCUUGGGGAACUCCCAGGCCGCUGCGGAUGGAGAACUGCUGCUGCGGGCCGAGGGGGCCACGUCCGUGGGCAAGGGCUUGUCAGUGGGCGGGGGCUUCCGGCCCUCAGGCUCCGCCUUUGCCUCACACGUAUAA